UGGAGGCAGAAGCAGGCGGAUGUCAGUGCAUUCGGGGCCAGCCUGGUCUACAAAGCGAGUUCUAGGACAGCCAGGGCUACACAGAGAAACCCUGUCUUGGGGGGGGAAGUCAUCCUCCCAUGACUGUUAAUCCUCUGUUAAGGAAUUGAAACAAAGCCCACACACAUCUGCAAAAGUACUAUGAAAACUUUAUUUAAUACAAGCAAUAGAAAAUACCAGAACACACUGAAGGCAACAGCAGGCUAUCCUCGGUGAAUAUUUGGAUGAAGCCAUUAAACUAAUUGCUUGCCAUCAUGAGCAGAAGCAAGCGAGACAACAAUUUUUAUAGUGUAGAGAUUGGAGAUUCUACAUUCACAGUCCUAAAACGAUAUCAGAAUUUAAAACCUAUAGGCUCAGGAGCUCAAGGAAUAGUGUGUGCAGCUUAUGAUGCCAUUCUCGAAAGAAAUGUUGCAAUCAAGAAGCUCAGCCGGCCAUUUCAGAAUCAGACUCAUGCUAAGCGAGCCUACCGAGAACUAGUUCUUAUGAAAUGUGUUAAUCACAAAAAUAUAAUUGGCCUUUUGAAUGUUUUCACACCACAGAAAUCCCUAGAAGAAUUUCAAGAUGUUUACAUAGUCAUGGAGCUCAUGGAUGCAAAUCUUUGCCAAGUGAUUCAGAUGGAGUUAGAUCAUGAAAGAAUGUCCUACCUUCUCUAUCAAAUGCUGUGUGGAAUCAAGCACCUUCACUCUGCUGGAAUUAUUCACCGGGACUUAAAGCCUAGUAAUAUAGUAGUCAAAUCAGACUGCACUUUGAAGAUUCUUGAUUUUGGACUGGCGAGGACUGCAGGAACAAGUUUUAUGAUGACGCCUUAUGUCGUGACUCGCUACUACAGAGCACCAGAGGUCAUCCUCGGCAUGGGCUACAAGGAGAACGUUGACAUUUGGUCAGUUGGGUGCAUCAUGGGAGAAAUGAUCAAAGGUGGUGUUUUGUUCCCAGGUACAGAUCAUAUUGAUCAGUGGAAUAAAGUUAUUGAACAGCUUGGAACACCCUGUCCUGAAUUCAUGAAGAAACUACAACCAACAGUAAGGACUUAUGUUGAAAACCGACCUAAAUAUGCUGGGUAUAGCUUUGAGAAACUGUUCCCUGAUGUGCUUUUCCCAGCUGACUCAGAGCAUAACAAGCUUAAAGCCAGCCAGGCAAGGGAUUUGUUAUCCAAAAUGCUAGUAAUAGAUGCAUCCAAAAGGAUCUCAGUAGAUGAAGCUCUCCAGCACCCAUACAUCAACGUCUGGUAUGACCCUUCGGAAGCAGAAGCCCCACCACCAAAGAUCCCUGACAAGCAGUUAGAUGAAAGGGAGCACACAAUAGAAGAGUGGAAAGAAUUAAUAUACAAGGAGGUGAUGGACUUGGAGGAACGAACCAAGAAUGGAGUCAUAAGAGGGCAGCCAUCUCCUUUAGGUGCAGCAGUGAUCAACGGCUCUCAGCACCCAUCGUCUUCACCGUCUGUCAAUGAUGUGUCUUCAAUGUCCACAGAUCCGACUUUGGCCUCGGAUACAGACAGCAGUCUAGAAGCAUCUGCUGGACCUCUAGGCUGCUGUAGAUGACUACUUGGG